CUGCGCAUCGGUGUCUUCUGUUGAUCAAGAUGAGGACGAUGUAUGCAUGAUUUGUUUCUGGGAGCGGCUGAGCGCUGCUCCGUCUAUCCGGCUUUCUUGCGGUCAUGUGUUUCAUUACCACUGCUGCCAGAAUUCGCUGAAAAACAAAUGGUAUGGUCCAAGAAUAUCAUUCAACUUCAUGACCUGUCCACUAUGUCGCAAGACGAUAGAUCACCAGCUGUUGAAAAGUUUGUUGACGCCUUUCACUGCCUUACAGGCCGAAAUUCAAGAGAAAGCUCUAAUGCGUUUGGAUUAUGAAGGCAUGAGAAACUGUCCCGAAAUUACGGAUCCUCACAGCCGGUUUUAUAACGACGCCACAGCAUUUGCCAUGGAAAAGUAUGCUUAUUUUCAGUGCUACAAAUGUCAGAAGUCGUAUUUCGGAGGAACGGCUGAGUGCCAGGCUGCUCAGGCGUCUUCUGACUACGAUCCAACAGAGCUGCACGGCGCCGAAUAUUUGCAGUACAAAUGCCGCUACUGCUGCUCGAUUGCCGUGUUUUUCUGCUUUGGAACGACGCACUUUUGUGCUCGAUGCCACGAUCACUACGGUGAACUAGCCGAAGCCCAGCUUAGCAAGUUGCCUCAGUGUCCGACCGGUUCCAUGGGGCAACGCCUUCCUUCCUGUCCCCUCAAAGUGGUUCAUCCUCCUAGCGGAAUCGAAUUUCCUUUAGGCUGUUCGUUGUGCACUUACACGAAGGACUUCUGAUG